AAGGUUUUAAGCUUAGAAUAAGCCCUUUUUUCAAAUGAAACUUUAAUUCAACCUUAAAUGUAAUAAUAAAAGUGCGAAAAGUAGAGACAACUUGGUUUAGACCAUGGGUAUCCAUGCUUUAAUUUCUUCAAAACCGAACAUAACCUGCAGUUUCCCGACUUAACUGUUGCAUACAAAACGAAACUGCUACCAGCUUCAUGUUAAUUAGCAAAUUUAAGAGUAAUUGGCUUUAUAUAAAACAAUUAAUUAAAUCCACAAACUUUUCUGUUUGGUUCAUCUGCUUUGUGACCUGCCCUCCAAGUUCUCGACGUCAUAUUCCGCAUAUGGUAUUGAUCAUUUCUUGAAAAGUUUUCAAAUAACUGAGGAUUACAUGUACCGAAUUGUUCAUGUGCUUAGUUAUCUGGGCUUGUAUUUUUAUCUCAACUUCCACAAAUAUUUGACUCUCAUUUUCAGUUGGUUUCAGUGAUUAGCAAUGUAAAGUAUGUCUCUCUUUAUGUGCAACUAUCCCAUUGUUAUCUGACAUUUCGUGUCAUUCAUGUAGAUAACACAGUAACCUUGAAGUUCAUUCAAAUAGUUUUCUUUGCAGCUCAGUCAGCCGGUGUAGUUUGAAUUUGAUGAUUCACAACAAAAAAGGUCGGGAGUUGAGUCCUUUGUAUACGAUUUCUAUUUUCAAUUCAACUAAUAUUUGGACAGUUAAUGGCUGAAAAUAAAUUGCUGAUUGAUCAUCAACUAAAAAUGUUUUCUUUUGAAAACAGCAGGGAGUUACAAAUCUUCAAAAGAUGACUGCAGUGCGGUUUCACGCUCGCGUACCAAGUGAACAAAGAGAUAAACUUUGACACGCGCUUUUAUCCGGUUCCAGGAUCACUCUGUCGGCGAAUGUUACACUACAUCAUUGAUGAGAAGCAGCUUUGAGCCUGUGAGAAGCUAUAAAAGCGUAUCAUUUCUCUAUAACAGCAAUAUGCAAUCUAAAAUGUUCUCCACAAUGAAGCUGGCGUGGUGUUUAGCUACCCUUACAACAAUUUUGGCAGCAAACAAUAACGCAGGUAGUGACGUGAGUCCCAGCCUACAGACCCUGUUGAACGCUACCACAGGGAAACCACCGCAUGCAACCUCCACUCCAUCCUCACGACACCCGUCGUCCACGACUGGCAUUACUAACAUGUCUCCAGACCGUGAGGAGUUGACGUUAUUCCGAGAGUUGUUUGAGGGGUAUGACAAACGCCUUCGGCCAGCGCUGAGGAAGGAGGACAAUGUGACGGUGACGCUUGGGAUUUCUGUGAAUCAACUCAUUGAUAUUGACGAAAGAAAUCAAAUGAUGCGGCUUAGUGUCUGGGUGAGACAGAAAUGGAACAACCCUUUCCUUCGAUGGAACGCGUCGCAUUAUGGGGGAAUAUCGGUAAUCAACGUGAACCCAUCAGAUAUUUGGAAACCGGACCUGGUGCUUUACAAUAAUGUAGAUGGAGGCAGCGAUGGUUCUAUGGCCGCAUUUAAAUCGCAAAUCAAAGUCUCAAGCAAUGGAGACAAUCUUUGGUUGUCCCCAGUCAUUCUGCUAAGCUCCUGUAAAAUCUUCGUCAAGUAUUUUCCCUUCGAUGAGCAGCACUGUACGCUCAAGUUCGGCUCUUGGACUUACGAUGGCUUUCAGCUGGAUUUAAGGCCCGAGGCAGAUGAGGCCGAGAGUGAGAAGUUUGUGAAAAAUGGCGAGUGGGACCUGAUUCGAGUUCCUUGCAAGAGAAAUGUCGUCAAAUACGUGUGCUGUGAGGAGCCUUACCCUGACGUCACGUACGAAGUACAGAUUCGCAGAAGAACGCUUUUCUUUUUCUUCAACAUGGUCAUCCCCUGUCUUGUUAUUGUAGGCUUGACUAUCUUGUCAUUUUAUCUGCCACCUGACUCGGGUGAACGCAUCUCGUUGGUCAUUACCAAUCUCCUCGCCAUGACAGUGUUCAUGCUGCUGGUUGCUGACAUUAUUCCGCCCACCUCAGAUGCGGUGUCAAUCAUCUCCACCUUUUAUUCUUGCUGCAUUUUUGAGGUUGGAAUAGCUCUUAUUGGAACAUGUGUGGUCCUCAAAUACCACUUUUCUAACCCAUCCAUCCACAAAAUGCCCAACUGGCUUCGCUUUGUGGUCCUCCACUGUUUAGGCAAAGUCUUUCAUAAAAAGCUCCGCGGUGACAAUGCGGAAAACCCUCUGGAAACAGGUAGCCCGUUUGAAAAACGAAAACUUUUGAGGGACAACGGAUAUAUCGAGACAUUUGUUCCUAAAAAUGAGAUCUUAAAUCAAAGAUUUAGCGUCCUCGAGAGGAGACUCUCUGGAUUAGCGACUGGUGGAAAGUGGCCCACUGAUGGGAGAAGCGCUUCAGACGAGAGGGAUUCCAAAGGCCCCUUCACAAGAAAAGGUGGUUCCGAUCAGGAAUGCGAUGACAAGAGUUACCUGACAAGGGCCAUAACCUACAAACAGGAAACUAUUGCUAACGCACUGGAAAAACUGGUCGAGGCAAAGGAGGCUCAAGAUGAAGAAGGAAAGCAGCGCGACGAGUGGAUGAUGGCGGCGUCUAUCCUGGACAACAUGUUCAUGUGGAUUUUCUUGUUCACUUUAGGUGCUUCGAUAGUUGCCUUGUUCUUUCAGCUUCCAAAAUACGACUAGCACAUUUAAGAGAACACGUUUAAGAGACAAGGGAAUAUAGAAGAUUAAUUCUUGCAUAGGUGGGUUGAUCGUGCGGAAACAAACCUGUUUCAAAUGCUGUGAGGAUACGUGAGAAAAGUUGCCUUGCUACUGCCGUUACUGGCGAUGCGCACUAAGAUAAGAGCAUUACGUGUGCGAGUGACGGGGAGCCAGAAGAGAGUCUCCCUGAAGUCGAUUUAAAACUAUUAUACAUUCAGGCAUGGCGUUAUUUGGUCUCAAUGAUCACCGUCUAAACGGGGAAAUACUCUGGUUACUUCUCUGCUAGUUUUAAGCUUGAGCUGCUUUCACAAUCAGUUGAAUCAAUUAGAAUGAUGCUAGGAAAAGGAGUUGCAAGUCCUUAAAAUCGCAAGUUCUUUUAUCAUCAAAAUUAUCCUUUUAGACAAAGAGAUAUACCCCAUGACUUACGCUCAGUCUGUACAAUGCUCUGUGGAAGAUUUGCUUUCUUUGGUGAGUUGCAUUGAGUUUUUCUCUAAUUAGGUAUUUUCGUCUUAUCAGUUGCUUUGAAUUCAAGUAAAGUGACGUUUGGUUUAAGUUCAUAACUCAACACUCACAAGGUUUGCAGUCAACACAAAUAUUCAAACUUUUGCAUCUCAAAAGUUUGGAUUCAAAAUCAUUUUUUAAGAUAAAUAAUUUAUAAGAGUAAUAAUUUGUAUUUACAUGUACAUUUUUAAAUGAAUAUAAUUCGCAGUGAAUUUUUCAGGCUCUUAAACUGAAGUUAAGCAUUUUGAUACAGUGCGUAUGAUGCCGGUAGCUCUAAAGUAUUUUCUUUAGUAUUUUUCUUUAAUUGUAAGUACUUUAAUACACCUUUGUAUUGAAGUUUGCCUUUUUUUGCUCUUAAUUUUGAGUCUCGAACAGAAAAAAUCUAUUUCAAUAUGAUGGAUUAAUGUACGUGUAGAAGGAAAAACAACUGAUUUUCAGGAAUAUGCACUGUUCUGUCGCCGGUCCGACACGACGAAGGAUUACCUUGAAAUCCGAUUGAAUCUUGUCCAGUAUAUUUCUUAUUUUUUUCUUUUUCAAGCUAUCUGCACACUUGUUGGUCUUUUUUCCAUAAUCACAUAAUCUUUCUCUUGUACGAAAUCAUGACGCCGAGAAUACGGUGACCUAGCCGCGCCCCUUAUGAAAAACUUGGCCAAGAGAUCAAACAACAGGCCGGGUGUUUGUAGUUUUCGAGUUUUCUCUGUUUUGGACCUGUCUUUAUCGUCUAAGCUAAAUGACGAACAAGCUGUUACUAAAGUAAAUGAAAACCACGUGUAAAGCUUGCAGAGUUUGGAAUAAUCACCACCUAACAGUGCCGGGUGCACACGCUAAAAUUUAAUAACUUGUUUGUACAGAUGUUUAAUUAGCUUAUAGCCGCACUGUAAAACUUGUAAUACUAUUAGCUAUGGUUUCCUACCUAGAGGGAGCACUUAAUUUUGAUAAUAACUUUUUGCAAUUGAUCUGGGCAAGCACAAAAACUUGACUGGUUCUGAGAACCCCAAAAUAAUUAAGUCCUCACUUCAUUGAUGCUGGGGUAUACGUACGUUGGAAGUUAGGUUCCUCCUGUUCUUUGGAAAUGUAAUAAUCUGUUUGUUUCACGGAGUUUUCUUCAGAUUUUUGCUAGAGUUUGUUCAUCAAGAUUUAGCAUUAUUUCAUUUUGUGGAAUUAUGGUAUAAUUUAUAUUGAAGCACUUUAUCACUAGUAACAAAGCUUUUAAAUCCGCAUAUUAUCCAUUUGCAUUUGUGAAUCAAGAUUCUUUUAGGACUUUUGUAUUUACAUAUACGUUUAACAGUGGAUACUUUGCCAAUAAAGAUGUGUAGUUAUAAUGCCCA